GUUGCAAUAUGCUGUUGCAAUAAAAGGUAAUGUAUUACUUAUCCCAAAACUUCAACUUUCUUUACACCAUAAAUGUUCCAUUUGCUUGCAGAACAACAGGAAGGGUAGGAUAAAAUUCUAAUCUGCCAGUGGGAGUUCAAGAACCAAUUCUUCCAGUGGAUUGUGAUCCGGUCUCAGUUAAUAAGCGGAAUCCUGAGGGUAUUACAAGAGAACAGAAGCUAAGCUAGCGAGACUAUAUGGUUUCCGCAAUCCCCAUAAGCGUCAAGAGGAUAUGGGAUGAAUGGAACCUCCGGGGUUCUAUUAUCUUAAGCCUCUCACUGCAGACCUUUUUAAUUCUUUUUGCACCCUUCAGGAAGCGAACAGAGAAUAUGUCGGUAAUCUUGCUCAUCUGGUCUGCCUACCUGCUGGCUGACUGGGUUGCCAACUUUGCAGUUGGACUUAUCUCCAGCAGCCAAGGCGAAAGUCCGAAUCCAGACGGUAAUCAUGAUGCCCUUUUGGCGUUUUGGGCUCCCUUUCUCUUGUUGCACCUUGGGGGUCCAGACACCAUAACUGCAUUUGCUCUAGAGGAUAAUGCAUUGUGGCUAAGGCACUUGCUUGGCCUUAUAUUCCAAGUUGUUGCUGCGCUUUAUGUCUUCAUUCAAACACUUCCCAAAAAUAAGCUGUGGCUUCCAACUUUGCUUUUGUUUCUUGCCGGAGUGAUCAAAUAUGCUGAGAGGACACGGGCUUUGUUCCUUGCAAGCUUGGAUAAUUUCAAAGAAUCCAUGCUUAAAGAACCUGAUCCUGGGCCCAACUAUGCGAAGCUCAUGGCGGAAUACUCUUCAAAGAAAGACUCCAAACUCCCAACUCGCAUAGAGAUGACUCCAGAACCUGACAGAAAAAUUAGGAAUGUACCUUCACCAGAUGAACGACUAGACAAUGUUUUAGUAGUGCAGAAUGCGUAUCGCUUCUUUAAAAUAUUCAAGGGUCUUAUUGUGGAUCUAAUAUUCAGCUUCCGUGAACGCGAUGAGAGCCGAUUCUUUUUCUACCAAAGAACAUCAGAAGAGGCUUUCAGUUUAAUAUCAGUUGAGCUCAACUUCAUCUAUGAAGUUCUCUAUACCAAGGUUGUUGUAGUGCAUUCGAGGGUGGGAUAUGUCUUCCGGUUCUUAUCUUUCAGUGCUGUUUUGGUAGCCCUUUUGCUCUUCAAUUCAUUUGAGAAACGUAUUAAGCUCCAUCACAUAGAUGUUGGCAUUACUUACAUGUUGCUCCUUGGUGCCAUAGGCUUGGAUACCAUAGCUUUCUUCAAGCUCAUUUUCUCAGAUUGGACUGUUAUUUCUCUGAAAGAGAAGAAGAAAAAAUCUUGGAUUUACGGUAUCUUUGAGAGAUACCUCAAGUUAAAGAGGCCAAGUUGUUUUACAAGUUCACCAUAUUGUUUGGAUUGGGCUAGAAGGAUCUUUUUCCGAAGAUGGUCAGAAUCUGUUUCCUCAUUCAACUUGAUAGAUUAUUGCCUGAAAGAACGCCCCAAAUUGAAUAAGGUCAUUGAUUGUGGGGACACUGUUUGGUUGAAAGUGAUUGAUACAUUUGGCCUGAGGGAUUUUCGAGAUAAGAUGAAAUACGUGUCCAGCAAGCCACUUGACAAGAAGCUAUGGGAAUUCAUUUUUGAGGAGCUAAAAAAGAAAUCCAAGGUUGCAAAUGAUCCUGAAACUGCCAAGAGAAUAUGUUCAGCUAGAGGCUAUUGGGUUCUCCAGGAUAUCCCAUGGAACAGUGACAGCACCACUCUAAUGCCUUAUGUUAGUGAUGUUGAUUACGAUCAGAGCCUUCUGCUGUGGCACAUUGCCACUGAAAUCUGUUAUAAUAAUGACAAUGCUAAAGGGCGUAAGGAUGACAAUAUUAAGUUUAGUAAGACCCUGUCUGAUUACAUGCUAUAUCUUUUAGUAAUGCAACCUACUAUGAUGUCUUCAAUAGCAGGAAUUGGUCAAAUACGAUUUCGGGAUACUUGUGCUGAGGCCAAAAGAUUCUUUAGCAGAUCGGAACUAAAACAAAGAGAAGAACAGAGUGAGGCCUGUAAGAGAAUCCAUGAGGUAAAUACGGAUGUUAGACCUGUGGCUGUGAAGGGCGACCGUAGCAAAUCUGUACUGUUUGAUGCAAGCAUAUUGGCCAAGGAACUAGAUAAUAAGUUUAAAGGAAAGAAAUGGGAGCUUAUGAGUGCAGUGUGGGUGGAAUUAUUGUCAUAUGCUGCCAAUCACUGCAGGGCAAAUACCCAUGCUCAAUUGCUAAGCAAAGGUGGAGAGCUUGUAACUUUUGUUUGGUUAUCGAUGGCUCAUUUUGGCAUCGGGGAGCAGUUCCAAAUCAGUAAGGGUCAUGCAAGAGCAGAACUGAUUGUGGGCAAAUGAAAUAAAUUUUUCCUCGUUUGUUCAAUGCAGUACACUUUAUUUUCCCUCUUUUUUGUUUCUCUGGAAUCAAAAAUUUGCUGUAAAACCUAAUUCAAUGGGAAUACCCAUGAUUUGUGUUGGAACCGAACUUCUUGUAAUUCUGGUGCUUUGCUGAUAUGCAGAGAAAAAGCAUAUAACUAUUUAUUAUAAUGAAAUGU